GGCUGCAAUAUGACUGACCCCCACUUGUAUCAAUCGGAGUGGCAGAUUUUUGUUAGUCUGAUUCUUGGGCCCCUUCCUAGUUCCUACGUUGGGGGCCUAAUUAUCACUGUUUUCUUAUUCGAUACGGAAUACGUAUAAAUCCUUUGAUCCUUUUCUGACAUUGGGGCUAUGUCUGCUUACCCCACCUUGACCCAGCCGCACCUGAUAACCUCUUCUCAGUGCGAGGAUUCUCCUUGUGUGGGCCUGGUAGCUAGGCAUGCCGUAUUGUUUACGAUUGAAUCAAAUGAUCGGCGAGUUCUGUUCCGACUAUCCAGAAAAUCGCGGAGGUAUCGGUGGUCAAAAGACGUGAACUCCGAAUGGCCCGUGCUAAGCAGAUAAUCAUAUAAGAGAGGCUCAACCUUCCAACAUCACCCCUCUGUUUUUUUUUUUUUGUAAAUACGUUCUCAGCGCUCGUCUCAUCUCGCUAUAUCUACUUCCUAUCCUAGUCAGCGAAUAUGGCUCACUACAUCACCACAAACGACGCCAACGGGGUAUCCGUCUUCUCCAAAGUUCCAGACGAACAAUUCAAAAUAUCCGUUCCAGUCGGCGAAAUUCGAAUUCUUUCAUCUGCCCAUUCCUUCCCGCUUGACCUCUCAAGCGAAGCCGAUAUCGAACAGUACCAAAAAGACCGUACCUCUACGUUCUUUCCAGGAAGCAGCCGUCGGAUUGUUCCUGAUGGAGGCACCUCCACAAUCAUGAUUACAAUGGAACCGGGGGCUGAGAGUCCAAUGCACAGGACUAUGACCUCGGACACUGUGGUGGUCAUUGAGGGUGAGAUUGAAAGCACCUUGGACUCAGGAGAGACGCGGAUUCUCAAAGCGGGUGAUGUGCUUGUGCAGAGAGCCACUAUGCACAAAUGGAGGAACGUUACCGCCGAUAAUGGCCGUGCGAAAAUGGUUGCUUUCGCCCAAUCUACGGCUGAGCCUUUGCAGAUUGGAGAUAAGGUUCUCAGUAACGAAUGGCUCAAUUGAAGGCUUAUCGAUAGAAUGAGGCGCGUUGGGAAUUUGGCUCGUUGUUCAGAUAAUACUACGCGCACAUAUGCCAUACCGCGGGAACACAUGAAUGGUGUUGAGCAACAGAUUUUGUGUCAGAUAGUUGACGAUUUGCUAAUCCUCUUCUUCGAGCCCUGUUGAGCAAUAUCGGUGGUUAAUAUUAACACUACUAUACUGAUCCCUUACAAAUAUCUUUCGUUGAACAGCUCGGCCUUUAGGCAAACAAAGAUGAAUUCUAAUAUAAAACUGGCCCAAAG